CCCGCGGAUGCGUGCGAGAGGGCAAGCGCUCCCGUUCGCAAGCAGAGCAAAAGUGCAGAGGACGCGAGGCGAUGCGCGCAGCGCGCAGUCCACAGCAGCGGACGUGGUUCGCGAAGCACAUUUCUGAGGACAAGGAGACGAAAGUGGAAGCUGUGAACAGGCACGGCGGCGGCAAAGCCUCGACAUAAGUCAGCAUUUCCAGUUUGUUUUUGAACACACGCCUCCAGAAAGCUUAUCGGAGGGGGUUGCGUGCGGGGGACGCCGUCUGUUCAGUAUUUUAGCAGGACGGACCGUCCGCUGCCCGGCUUCAGACGCUGCCCUGCGCUCCGGUGAUGGACCGGCAGUGGUGAUCCGGUGAAGAACAAGAGCCACCCUGGACGCCAACAAGUCCACCGUGCUUUGAGAAAAUGGGCUGUUUUCACAUCGUGGAGGGGAGGGCUUUGCUGUAACACCGGCGGAUCAUGGCAGGGGUACACGCUUCAGAUGCUGUGUCGGGACAUUUUUUGGAUCCUGCCAUCGGCUCCCCGCCUGGCCAGGGCGCGACCAACGCGGCGGGAGUCACCGGCGACGCGGCCGCGCUGCCUCCAACCGGCACCCGGGCGUAUUUGGAGGUGUCAGCAGCUGCCCAGGGCUACGGGGCCGAGGGAGUUUACACCAAUGGACGGUACAGGGAGCACAGCAGCCCAAGGAUCGGGAGUGGCAGCCGUGAUAAUUCCGCCGAGAGAAGUCAGGGAGCUGGAAACACACCUUGCGGCAUCAUGAAGGAUGGUUCCAAACAGAGGCAGGUGAGGAAGAAAACGGUGUCCUUCAGCUCGAUGCCAAGUGACCGCAAGAUCAACAGCACAGCUGCUUGCAUGGCCUUCAUGAUGGAGGGUUGUGAAAUGAAAAAGGUGCGCUCCAACUCACGCAUGUACAACCGCUAUUUCCUGCUGGAUCCAGACAUGCACUGGCUCCGUUGGGAGCCAUCCAAGAAGGAUUCAGAGAAGGCUAAACUGGAGAUCAAGGGCAUUAAGGAGGUCCGUUUGGGAAAGAAAACUCCUGUUCUGCGCAGCAAUGGUCUCUCAGACCAGUUCCCUGAUGAAUGCGCCUUCUCAAUCAUCUAUGGCGAUAACUAUGAGUCCUUAGAUCUGGUAGCCAGUUCCGCAGAUAUUGUGAGCACUUGGGUGAUGGGCCUGAGGUAUCUGGUGUCUUAUGGCCGGCACACCGUGGACAUGGUGGAACCCAGCCAACCAAGUCUACGAACAUCAUGGAUUGGCUCUGUGUUUGAGCUAGCAGAUAUGGAAAAGGAAGGACACAUAGACCUGUUCAGGGCCACCCAGAUAAUCAAGGGGCUCAACCCUGGAAUGAAAGAGUCCAGGAUAGAGCUGAAGUUCAAGGAGCUCCAGAAAGCUAAAGACCAAUAUGGAGAGGCAAUUAACAUGGACACCUUCGUGGAGGCCUACUGUGAGCUCUGCACACGGCCAGAAAUUUUCUUCCUGCUGGUGCAGUUCUCUAGUAACAAGGAGUACCUAGACAGUAAAGAUCUGAUGCUGUUCGUAGAGGUAGAGCAGGGUGUGGAAGGUGUAACGGAGGACAUGUGCAGGGACAUUGUUCAGAAAUUUGAGCCAUCUGCUGAAGGCAGGGAAAGGGGCUACCUCUCCAUUGAUGGCUUUACACACUACCUCCUCUCCUCCGAAUGCCACAUCUUUGACCCCCAGCACAAACGUGUGUGCCAGGAUAUGAACCAGCCUCUGUCCCACUACUACAUCAACUCGUCACACAAUGCCUCCCUUCUGGAAGAUCAUUUCUGGGGUUCGUCAGACAUCAGCAGCUACAUCCGAGCUCUAAGGAUGGGCUGUCGCAGCAUUGAGGUCAUUGUAUGGGACGGCCCUGAUAAUGAGCCAGUAGUGUAUGUAGGUAGUUCUGUAGCCUCACAUCUAGCUUUCUCAAAAGUCCUGGACAUUAUAAACCAAUAUGCUUUUGAGAGCUCAGAGUAUCCUCUGAUUCUCUGCUUAGUGACCCACUGUUGCAUCCCCCAGCAGAGGGUCAUGGCGCAGCACAUGAAGAAGAUCCUAGGGGACAAGCUGUAUGUUGAUCCUCCCAAAAAGGAGGAAAACUAUCUACCCUCCCCUGAGAAACUCAAAGGUAAAAUCCUCCUCAAGGGGAAGAGGCUACCACCCGGCUGCACUGACGCUGAGGGGGAUGUAACCGAUGAGGAGGAGGGACUGGAAAUGUCCCGAAGAGUGGGAGCUGAUGAGAAGGACCACCUAAAUGGCUUAGGCUACAAGAGACUCAAACUGUGCCGGGAGCUCUCUGAUCUUGUAUCUCUCUGCAAGUCCGUCCAAUUUAGGGACUUUGAGAUCUCUAAGAGGGACCAGAAAUACUGGGAGAUUUGCUCCUUCAAUGAAGUAGAUGCAAACAGGUUUGCCAAUGAGUUCCCAGAAGAAUUUGUUUGUUACAACAAGCGAUUUCUCUCCAGGGUAUAUCCCACACCUAUGAGAAUUGAUGCCAGCAACAUGAACCCCCAGGAUUUCUGGAAGUGUGGCUGCCAGAUUGUGGCCAUGAACUACCAGACACCAGGCCUGAUGAUGGACCUCAACCUAGGUUGGUUCAGGCAAAAUGGCAACUGCGGGUAUGUUUUGCGGCCAGCCAUCAUGAGGGAGGAGGUGUCCUACUUCAGUGCCAACGCACGGGACUCCCUGCCAGGAGUGUCGGCCCAACUUCUUCACAUAAAAGUCAUCAGUGGGCAGAAUCUGCCCAAGCCUCGCGGCUCUGCUGCUAAGGGUGAUGUGGUGGAGCCUUACAUAUAUGUGGAGAUCCACGGCAUCCCAGCCGACUGUGCUGAACAAAGAACCAAGACUGUGUCCCAGAAUGGUGACAACCCUAUUUUUGAUGAGAGUUUUGAAUUCCAGAUCAAUUUACCAGAACUUGCAGUACUGCGCUUUGUGGUGCUGGACGAUGACUACAUUGGAGAUGAGUUCAUUGGCCAGUACACCAUCCCAUUUGAGUGCCUACAGCCAGGCUAUAGACAUGUCCCCCUACAAUCUCUGACAGGAGAGUUCCUACCCAACACCACCCUGUUUGUCCAUGUAGCCAUCACCAACAGGCGAGGUGGAGGAAAGGCACAUAAGAGGGGUCUGUCUGUCAGGAAGGGUAGGAAGGCCCGGGAGUACACCACCACCAAGACCACAGGGAUCAAGGUAGUGGACGAGCUCUUCAGAGCAUCCACCCAGCCCCUCAGGGAGGCCACAGACCUCAGAGAAAAUGUGCAGAAUGCCAUGGUGUCCUUCAAGGAGCUCUGUGGCCUGACCCCGGCGGCCAACAUGAAGCAGUGUAUCCUGACCGUGUCCACAUGGCUGAUGAACAGCGAGCGCUCACUGAGGGUAACAGUGGACCUGAGCGAGACUUACCCCACCAUGGAGGCUCAGGGUCCGGUUCCUGAGCUGCUGCGCAAAGUGCUCACCGCCUAUGACAUGAUGAUCCAAACCAGCAGAACUCUGAUUGAGUCAGCCGACGUCGUCUACUCCAAGCUCACACAAGCACAACGAGCAGGUCUGGACUUCCAUGAGGACCUGCAUCGUAUAGGAGCAAAAGAGGGUCUAAAAGGCCGCAAACUUCAGAAGGCCAUGGAGAGCUACGCUUGGAACAUCACUGUCCUCAAGGGCCAGGCAGACCUGCUGAAGCACGCUAAGAGCGAGGCACUGGACACUCUGCGUCAGAUCCACUGCGCAGCUCAGUCCUGUGGUCUCAGCAAGAACGGAGCAGCAUCCCCCCAGCUCCAGCAUCAUCCUCACCACCAGCCACAGCAGGUCCAGAUACAGCAACAGCCUCAGGCCAAGGCCCACCCACAGCCCCCGCCGCUGUACCACUCCCAAACUCAGCUCCAAUCCCAGAUCGCACCGCAGGCUUAUCUCCAUCCCCUUCCCCAGCACCAUCCCCAGCUGCCAGCUCUCCCUCUGGUUCAAACUGUUUCAAAACCACCGGCCUAUCCUCAACCCCCGCCCCUACCCCAGCACCAGUUUCCGUUCCAGAGCCAGCAGCAGAGGGCAGCGGGGCCUCUGGACGCCAUCCCUGAGAAAGAGCUGGUCAGCGAGGAUCCUGCGGGAUCCUGCUGACCCGCGGCCUGUGCCCACAGAGAACCCUACCCAAAGAGAGACAGAGAGGGCGAGAUAGAGACGGAGAAGCAGAAGGGUGUAGAAGAGAAGCAGGAGGCCAGUAAUGAAAGGGAGAUGGAGGAAGCGGCGGAGAGGGUUAAAGAGAUGAUGAUGGUGAGGAAGGCUCGUCGUGUAAGAAGUGAGACGCAAGUCUGAGAGGGGGUUGGUCAGAUGGCUGAAGGAGAGAAGAAAGAGAGACCUCACACUUCAUUCGCACAUUUCGAAAGAGGAUGAAAAAACUGGAACAAUUUGGAUUUUGAAGAUAAUCUUCUCCUCUGCCUUCUCUCUCGUGAAAAGACAAAAUUUGGUAACAGCAGGUAACAAACUCCUGCGUUCCUGCGUAGGAAUUCGUUCAGUUGUUGGAUCAGUGAGUUUAAAUUCGUCUCUCUCUGGGCAGGGCUACUUACACGCCCCUCCACUAGCUCUGUGGGUACAGGCUUUACCUCACAUUGGCAUUUUCUGCCACAUAUUUGCCUUUUCAUUUCCAGAGAUUCCUCGGCAUGUCUUUGAGCUUUUAUUUCUUCAUGCUCACACUCCUCCUCCUCCAUCUUAGACACGAAGCUGAGCGCAAACCCCCACUCCUCUCAGUGAAGUGGAUGCCAUUUUCGUUUGCGAGUGCACAAAGUAGGAGUCACAGAUGAGCGUUUCGGCACAAAGCAGGGAGCUGUGGAGCUAGAAUAGAAACACAAACUGCAGCUGUUCAUGUCUUCAGUCACACACGUGCUCUUCUUGCAUCCCUUUGCUGUUGUCAACCUCCACGGAGCCACGUCUCCACUUUCAUUCCGUAGGAUUUCAGUUCUGCAGCAUUCCUGAACUCUCCCCACAGGGUCUCCUCGUCUCCUCCCCAGGGGCUGUGUUUGACGUUACGUGAGUUGGUGUUUUGGUCCCCAGGGUGGAGCUAGCCCACCUCUGUAAGUGGCGGAGCUCACCAGCCAAUCACAACUGGAAUAUUUGACCCUUCCUGUUAGAGGUCAAAGGUCAACAGGAACAUGGUACUGCUGUCAAAAAAAAACAAAAAAAAACACACAAAAUAAAGUGAACAUAGAUGUAAACUGUAUGUAAAAUGUAUGAAAGGAACAUAUAUUGCUAUAAUAAUUCUUGCAGACACAGACAUUAAUGAUUGAUAUUAUAAUAACUGUUGUUAGUUCUAUUGAUAUUCUGAUUCUUUUUUAACAUUACUUCCACAUAUACAGUGAUUUGACACCUGUUGUUCUGUGGUGCAGAUCAGGACAACCAGUGCAUGUGGGACUGGAACGAGGGAUCACGGGUUAGCGCCACAGCACGGGGGUCAAACAAUAACCUGACAUGUGUUUCACUGCAAAGUGAGUGUGGAUUCUGUAAAAGCUCCUUUAAGUGGCCCAUUAAAACUGGCUUCAUUGUUUA